ACAGAUGCCAAGCCUUGCCAUCAUCAGCAUGCAGUGCAAAUAACCUCGAGGGCGACAGACCAUUUUCAGAGAUUUCAUUUUCCAAAUCCCAUCCCUCUCUCUCUGAAUCCAUGGAUUUCCCACCUCCGUCUUCUUCCCGUAAACCCAAGUUCAAACCCGACGUGUACUCGACCGUGGUCAUCCACCACUCAUCUUCCUCCUCCUCAGAGACGGACCAAAACCCAUCCAACGCCGACGAACCAGACAUCUACGCCACCACAAUCUUCAAACCCUCCAAAGAAGACUUUGAAGAAGAAGACUCUUCCUCUCUCCCUCCUCUCCUCCAACGCCUCCCCAAAGACUUCGGUACGACUCCUGACGAUGACGAUGACGAUGACGACCCAGGAUUCUCAUCCGGCACCUUCAUCGUCCGUCGCAACCGCUCGUCCAUCCCCCGCCGCUCGUCCAAUCCCCCCUUCUUGGAUCGUAACCGUUCGAUCCCUUGCAUCCCUGUUGAUGAAGACCCGUACUCGACUUUUGUUGUGAAAUCAACGGUUCGGUCGAGAGGAUUGAGCGAUGGACGUGGCAGCUUGAGGGAGUCGGGGUUGGGGAGUACUAUGAUUCGGCGGACUGGUGGUGGGUUCUACCCUUCCUUCCGAGGGGAAGGGAGGAAGGAGGAGAGUUGGCCAACACAUCAGCAGCAGCCGUCGAGGAAGAUUUCGGUAGGUUCGAUUCCAGAGAGUGUCACGAGGGAAGACCCGUCGACGAAGUAUGAGCUGCUUAAUGAGCUAGGGAAGGGUUCAUAUGGUGCUGUUUAUAAGGCCAGAGAUAUAAAGACGUCUGAGCUGGUUGCUAUCAAAGUGAUAUCAUUGAGCGAAGGGGAGGAGGGAUAUGAAGACAUUUGUGGGGAGAUCGAGAUGUUGCAACAGUGCAGUCAUCCAAAUGUGGUUCGCUACCUUGGAAGCUACCAAGCAGACGAAUACCUUUGGAUAGUAAUGGAGUAUUGUGGGGGUGGUAGUGUUGCUGACUUGAUGAACGUAACAGAGGAGCCUUUGGAGGAGCAUCAAAUAGCUUUCAUUUGCAGAGAGGCAUUAAAGGGUCUAUCGUAUUUGCACUCAAUUUACAAGGUCCAUAGAGACAUAAAGGGUGGAAAUAUCUUGCUCACCGACCAAGGAGAGGUAAAACUUGGUGAUUUUGGUGUUGCUGCCCAGCUUACUAGGACAAUGUCAAAGCGCAACACAUUUAUUGGCACUCCACAUUGGAUGGCUCCGGAAGUUAUUCAAGAAAGUCGAUAUGAUGGAAAGGUAGACGUAUGGGCCCUUGGUGUGUCAGCAAUUGAAAUGGCAGAGGUACUCCCACCAAGAUCCACUGUGCAUCCAAUGAGAGUACUAUUCAUGAUAUCCAUUGAGCCUGCUCCAAUGCUUGAGGAUAAGGAAAAAUGGUCCCUUGUAUUCCAUGAUUUUAUUGCAAAGUGCCUUACUAAAGAGCCACGUUUACGUCCUACUGCUGUUGAGAUGCUGAAGCACAAGUUCAUUGAAAAAUGCAAAUGGGGAGCUUCAUCAAUAUUGCCAAAGAUUGAAAAAGCAAGGCAGAUAAGAGCUACAAUGGCUGCUCAAGCACAUAAUCAUGUUCCAGAGAGCACUCUUUCAGAUGGUCUGGAGGAAGUUAAGGGUCCAAGUAUGAACGAAGAUUAUGGAGAGACUGUUCCUUCAAGACCUCGAGAAAUCCCAUCUCACAAAUCUCCAAAUGAACUCCAUGUAAAUAGCUGUUCAGGAAAACAUAACGCUAUAGAGUUGUCUGGAGAAGGCGACUUUGGGACUGUUAUAGUUCAUGCAGAAGUUGAGACAAACAAGGCAACCAUUGAAGAAUCAGCUUCUGAUGCAAAACAGAUCCUGCCCGCAGAUAUGGAUGUCGAAAAUUCUGGUGCCCCAGGAGACAAAGCAGCUACUGUCAGAAUGGAACAAAUGACUAGUAACAUUCACAACAGUUUCCCAGAUGCAGAACUGAAUCCAAAUGCACAAGGCAUUCAAGGGACAUUGCCUUCUGCACAUCAAUCUCCUGCACAGAAUCUGAAGAUGGACAGCCUUUCGCAGUUACAGGGUCGAAGCAGCACUUUGAAGAGUGCAACCAGUAGUCGGAAUGCCUUUGCACUGCAAGAUAAGCUGUGGUCCAUUUAUGCAGCAGGAAAUACGGUACCGAUACCAUUCUUGAAAGCUACAGACAUAUCUCCUCUGGCUUUGGUGUCGGACAAUAUACUUGGAGGUAGAGAGCCAAAUAACAGUGGCACUGUUGCCCUUGAAGCGGUUCAGGAGCUUUUCAGCGGUGACGGGCAGGCUAAAAAAGGCCGAAGGGGACAAAACGAGAUGCCCCUUCCCCCCAGUGUAUAUCAGAGGCUGACUACCAGUUCGACGCUAUUGAAUCUGGCUCAGGCUUUAGCUUAUCAUAAAACGUGCUAUGAGGAGAUGCCACUCCAAGAGCUGCAAGCAGCACAGGAGCAGCAGACAAUUCAGAACCUGUGUGAUACCCUACGGACUAUUUUGCGGUUGUAGCCGCACCUACAUGUAGGCUAUUUGUGUAUUUGUUGUCUACGUAUUCUUUAAUUAUUUGUCUCCCGCUUGUUAGAUGAGCUGGUAGAGUCUGUGUAGUGUGUUUGUGUGAUCCAGGGUUCAAUCCCUGGUAAUGUUACCUUUCAAAAAAAAUAUAUUUUAUUUUAGUUUAAUUUAGUGAUGAACA